UCUUCCACAGCGCUUUCUUCCGAGGGAUGCUCGGCAACAACAACUGCAGCUGCAGCUGUCACACCUUGAGCGAUCAGAAGAAACUCUCCCUUCAAGACGUCAGCCCAGAGUCCUUGAAGCUCCUUGUAGACUACGCCUACACCUCCCAAGUCACCAUCACGAGUGAAAACGUCAUGGGCCUCCUGGAAGCCGCCAUCUUGCUGAAAAUCAGACCCGUCUGCGACGCAUGCGCGAAGUUCCUCGGUGACAACGUCACGGCUUCGACCUGUUUGACCUUGAUGAGACUCGCGUCCGAGUUCUCCUACCCGGAAGUCGGAAAGAAGGCGAAGGAAGUCGCCUUGAAGAACUUUGUGACCAUCCAAAAUUCCAGGGAGUUUCUCAACUUGUCCAGGGAUGAGGUUAUCAAACUUAUUUCCAAUGACGCCCUGAACGCGAAGAACGAAGAGAUAGUUUUUGAAGCGGUUAUGAGAUGGGCAAGCCACGCUCCCGACCAAAGAAUGUCGCAGAUGAGAAUGCUGAUGGAGCACGUCCGACUGCCUUUCGUAGACGUGGACUAUUUCACAAAGUACGUCGAAACCAACGAAGACAUGGAAUCUUACUGCGUGGACCUGAUUAACGAGGCUAAACAGUGCUACAUGUACCCCGGUGACACCCUAACAAGGCGCACCCGCCCACGUUACGUGUCCGGUGUGCGGGAGACCAUCUUAACCAUCGGCGGGAUCUCCUCGGGAAAACCUUCCUCUGCGCUAACGACUUUAGUCCCGUCUUUAGACAACCCUAAAUGGCAGAGAGCGGAGGUAGAGAUGGAAGACACGCUGGCAGAGGAGAAGUCGUUUGCCGCGGUGGCUGUCGGGAUGUGUGACGUCAUGGUAUCCGGAGGAACGUCGUUUCCGAAGGACGCGUGGUUGUACCGGUCCGAGCACAAUGCGUGGUCAAAGUUACCAGAGAUGAAACAAGGUCGCUGGUGCCACAGUAUGGCAGCCUUGCAGGGAAAAGUGUACGCCAUCGGCGGCGUCAUGUACAAGACAUACGACACUGUGGAGCAAUACGAUCCUAUCACCAAGGCGUGGACUUUCGCCAAACCGCUCCCAGAACCACGGCAAAACCACGCCUCUACCGUCUGCGAGGGUAAAGUGUACGUUCUCGGAGGGCGCAACAAGUAUAUCUCUGCGUCGUGUGACGUUUUCUCGUACGAGCCAUGCUCGAAAACCUGGUCGGUCAUGGCCCCAAUGCCGGAAUCAGCUAGCUGUCUGGCUGCAGCCACCAUUUACUCACAAGUGUACGUGACGGGGGGUUGUCUCAGGGCGUUGUUCUGCUACAGCACCGCGAACGAUGUGUGGCAAACUGUGGCGCGAAUCGCGAACGAUACGUCAUCACCGGGGUACGUGCCAGAGGAUUGUGGGAUAGCGGCGUGCGGGAACAAGGUAUACGUGACCGGAGGGAAGACGAGAGGGGAGCGGGGUAAGCUGCGAGGGACGGACAGAGUCUGGUGUUAUGACCCUGAGGACGGUGAACUGUCGGACGUUUUGCCAUUGCCGUUCAAACUUCACUCUCACGGCUGUGUUUCAAUCUGGACACACGUAGAAUAAGGGACUUACAUUAGGCGCUCUACUAUAAACUUGAUGAAGCUACGCGUUUGAUUGGUCAAUAGGUAUCACGUGAGGGUGCAUAAAUAGGCCGAACCGCCGAAAAGUUUGACUCUACUUCCAAGGGUUCUACUCUUGUUGGUACAGACAAUACACGUCAACAGAUUUUAACGCUCAAGUUGUGCAAAAUUUCCGCAUCAAUAAUAAUAAGCGAUUUGUUUUAUCUGAGACUGAGAGUCAAGGCAAUUAGGUCGUCUGAACAUAACUAGAGAACUAACCAAGUCUUAUCUGAACCCAUGGAUCAGUAAGUUGAGCUACACAUGUACAGAGGUUACAUUAAGUUAAGUUCGGAUUUUACCACACGUGUCCUCGAUGCCCUGGAAAACAUGGUGCAAUACCGUGCUGUACCGCAACAUGGCACUUCUGACACGUCUGUUCGUUCCACUGAUGAUCUGCAGGUCAAGAUGUGUGGCAAAUGGAUUGAUUGUUCAAAACGUUAUAUCAUUACCAUAACUAAUGUAACUGUUCGACUCAAAUUGUAUAGCUGUGCUUACCUCUUAUUUCAUCCCAAUACAUACCAAGUUAAGUGACCUACCAACCAAUCAAUCAAUCGAUUAUCAUAUAACCCAUGUAGUAGAGUCGCUAGAUUUCCUUCCCUUUCCAUUCUUUAUUCCUCAAUUCUGGAGAGCCAUAAUGUAAACUACAUAGAUAUACACAAUAAAACUUUGCCACAAAAUCACUUUUACACACCUAACAAAGGGUUCAUUCAUUCAUUCAUUCAUUCACUCACUCACUCAUCCGUUCAUUCAUCCAUUCAUUCUCCCAGUCAUUCAUAAUCAUUGAAUCAUCUUGCCAUCAACUCAUGCAUUCCGUUCACCCAACCACCUAUAAUGACCAUGAUGCCUUGACUCCAAGAUAAAGUACUUUAUUGCACAAAAGCAUAUCUCUGACAAAAAAGAAUGAGUUUCAAGACGAUGCAAGUGUUCUUCAGAAAUACUUCACGAAAAUUCAUAUCUGCAUACAUGUGCACGUAACAUGCUUUGAUAACAAUGAUUACUUUCUUGAAUGCUCGCAACUAAAACAACCUGCCAAUUUCGGUGCCUCGGUCUUCGUUCUGUCCAUGAUUGUACAAGUAACUCACUGAUACAUAUCGUCAAACAUUUUUCUAAUGGGUACAUUAGCUGAUACUAUCUGGAUAGAAGAGGGAUCUGUUUAAAGAUAUGUUACAUACAAAAUGGAAGGAUAAAAAGAUAAUCUAAAAAUAACACUAUCAGAAACAAAAAGGGAACAUGCAUUGAGAAUAUAAGCGAUGGAAUAAAACGAAGUAACAGAAAAAUAAAGAACAACUGACGUUAUUCUCCAUACUGGUUAACACCUAUAGUUCAUACAAGAGCAACAACAAUGGAAUUAGAUAACAUUACAUUGAAAGAAUCACCAUGUAAAGAUACUGUAAUUGUUAUAUCUCACGUUGUGUAUGUGACACAACAGUCGUUUCACCAGUGCCACAAGCUUGUAAAUACACAUGAUGAAAUCAACACAAGUCGGUGAGAAAUACUACUUUUCAUUAUGAACCAACAUUACCGAUUGUCAUUGAUGUAAAUGUGUAACAUUGCCAAACAUAUGCAUUUUUAUUAGCGAAUCAUACUUAGUACCUCGCUCACAGAAAUGGCCGUCCACCACACUAAGUCUAAGCUAUGUGAAAUCACUUGGUUACAGUCCUGGGGACUCACACGUCGUUGUUUUACGCCUUUUUGUAACACAUUAUAUGAUAUGGUUCUUUGCAAAUGCAUCUGUGAACUUGUUGUUAAACAAUAGAUAUACCAUUCACUAACCAUUUUGAAAUAAAUGGUAAUACAAGAUUGGUCAACGAAGGUUCUUUACCGACCAAUCAUGGGCCGAUAUUCAGAAUAGUGCAAAGAUGGUGUUUUUGAACAUCCGACCAGGUGAUGGUUAAUGUAAUGUAGUUGUAGUUGUUUUUAUUUACUGACAGUUUAUUGUUGCAGAGAAGUAGUUUCCUUCCAAAUGUUUCAAAUUCGGUCGCCUGUUAAUGUACAAAUCCGUUCAUCUGUUCUCGCCAUUAAAAUCGCCCUCCCUUCAAAAUAACUAUUGUACAUCUGUAUUUGAUGUACAAAAUGGCGACUUGCAUCGCUCCAGCUCUAGAUAGUCUCUAUACAAAGUUAUACUGUCUCACUGACCACUUUUCGUUCAAAAUCAUCGCAAAUUUCCGGCCAAAUAUCUCACAACGAGCGAAAGAACAUCCGCCUAAAACAGCAGAACCUUUUGCGGACAUACACUACUAGUAUUUACAAACUGGACAAUAUUGUAUAGGCAUGCAAUUCAGGAGUAAAUCUCUUAUCAUCAAAGUCAUUGCAACCUCCCAUAUUACGUCUCCUUAGCAGAAA